GGCGAGGCAGCCUCUCCCAGGGCGCUCGGGCUCCUCCGGCUCUGCCCCGAUGUCGUUAUUACGGCCGUUUGCGGCCUCCGUGCCAGGGCCGGGGGGGCUGUCCGGGACGCGGGAUCCUAGGUCGGGUCCUGCCCCGCCCAAGUGGCGCCGGCGUCUGUGUUGUCUGCGGUCUCCAGGGCAGCGGCGGGGCGGGCUGGGGCCCGGGCGGCGGCGGCGGCGGCGCGGGAGGAUGCGGGGCCCGCCCGGGUCGCGGCAGCGGAGGAGCGCCGGGCAGAGACGGGGUUUUGCCACGUUGCCCGGGCUGGCCUUGAACUCCUGGACUUAAGCGAUCUGCCCACCUCGGCCUCUCAAAGUGCUGGUAACGCCUUUGUGAACCACAACUUUAAAUAUCAGCCAGCUGCUCCUAUCGACAAGAGUAUCCCCUGUUAAUUUUUUGCAUUUUUCAAGAUGAGUAAAAGUAAACUAAUUCCCAAGCUCUCUAUUCAAUCUCCUGUCCGUCAUACCAACUUAAAUGUCCAGUCCACACACCCACCUUUGAAGAAAGAUGACUUAUAUCGGAUUUCAAAAGACUCCUUGGAAUCUGAUUCAGAAAGCCUCACUCAAGAGAUUAUGUGCCAUUCUGAGUUUGAUGAUCGAAUCCAGGACAACGGUAUGGAGCCCGACAGCUUAGAUGAGGAGGAAAGCCCUCGAUGGGGAAGCCUGCAUGAGAUGGAAGAGGAAGCAAGUGGAAAAGCAGCUCAGAUGGCUCGCGAGCAAAACCACCAUACCUGGGACCAGGGCGCCAAUAACAGGCAACAACCAAUAGAAGACAAAUAUUCAGACCUCCGCUAUGACCCGAACUGGAAGAGUAAGAAGGAGGAAAGGCAGCUGCUGUCUGUGGAAGCGUUGCCGGAGUCCACGGACAGCUCUUUAGAAAAUCUGCCUUUGGCUCCCCUCUACCCUUCCCAGGAGAUGUCAGUGGAACUCUCCGGGGGAAAAGACGAGCAGAAAGAGACUCCACAGAGUGCAGCUUCUUUACUUGGUAGUGAAUUUUUAAGCCCGAACUAUGAGCAUGGUGCCUGUCGCAGCAAGCCGUUUUCAGAGCAGAGCGACAGUGACCUGGAGGAGAAGUCGAGCAGCCUUUCUCAGUACGUGAAGAGCUCAAGUUCACAUAACGAGGUUUUCCUGCCGGGAUCACGUGGCCCUCGGCGGAGGAAGUCCAAACAACAUUUUGUGGAAAAAAACAAGCUCACUUUGGGAUUACCCACCCCGAAAACGGACUCUUAUCUUCAACUUCACAAUAAAAAAAGAGGGGAAUCUCAUCCAGAACAGAUCUCCUACCCCUUCAGAGUAACAGACAAGACGUCUAUUCAGAAUGCCAAGGAAAUUGAAAAUGCUGCCAUCGAUCCUGAAGACAAAUGGCAUCAAAGAGCACAACAGCUAAAGAAUUACCAGGAACACUGGUCUCAAUAUGAAAGUACAAAAUCAAGCAAUGUACCAAGAGGGCAACCUUCUGACACGGUGAAUGACCAUCGACCUUCCAGAAGAUCAGCCAAGCUCAAGAUUCGAAAACAGAGUAAACACCAGAAUGGCCUGAAGUCUUUCACAACGGAAGAGGUGACUGCCAGUCAGGGGAACCAGAAUAACCCUCCCAGGCAGCAACAAAACCAAAAUAAGCCUCUUGAUACUUCAACAAAGCCUGAAUCGAUUGUGAUUAUACAUGCCUCUAACAAUGAUGUACAAGCCUCAAGGGUACUUAGGAGCCACAAUCUCAAAGAAACCUCCAAUACCUUUGCUCCACCAAAACAGGCUUUUGACAAGGUCUUACAUAAAAACUCUAUUGGAUAUGACUGUGGGCUGAAUGUUAAUAAAGAAAGAGGACACAAAGACCAAGAAGAGAAAAGAUUUUCAUAUCAGCAGCUACACACCCUUUCUGACAUGGAUUUGAACAACCUUAAUGAACUUUCUAAGAGACACGUGCUCCUGAGCCAGAAAAGCUCUCAGUUUGUUUAUCACAUAAAUACUCAUGGAUCAACCGAAAAUAAGAAACAACCCAAACAGCCUUAUACAGAGACAAAAUACAGGAACUUAGAAAUGUUAUGGAAAUUCCAUUCUUCUUCUGACAGCCAGCCGGUUAGAGCUUCACCAGAUUCAUGGCUCACCCAGAUAAUGGAGCAGCAUCAGCAAGCCUUGGUGCAGCUGACCGACAUGCAGCCCAGUGAAGGGGCCUUAUCCAGCGUCACGCUUCCACCUAUACUGUCAAGGGUAGAAAGUGAAUCCCAACUCAGUUCAGAGAGAAGCCAAAGAAACCAAGUGAAAAUUAGCCGUAGCAAUUCUGAAGGCUGUCUGUUUCAACUGGAAAAGGGAAAAAAGCAUAAGAAAAGAAGCAGCAGUAAGAACACCAAGCUGAAAGGUAAUCAGAAAAGAGAUGUGAAGCUUGGAGGCCUCGGACCUGACUUUGAGUCCAUCAGAGACAAAAAGCAAAAAUUAAUACAGCAAAAGGAAUAUGCAAAACAAGUCAAGGAAUACAACAUGAAGACACUAUCCAUUCUUUCAAAACCACAAACAGAAAAAACUCAAAAUAAAUCUGCUAUCCCUCGGCAGAAGGGAUUGUAAUAUGUAGGUUCCUCUACUGAAGAAAAAUGAUUUCAUGGAAUACAGAAUGUUCUCCCUCUCAGAUGGCAUCAACCAUCAGUCGUGAUGUGAAUGAAAUAUGUACACAGAGCUUUGCAGUACAAGUCUCUGCCUCAAUUGAUCUAUCUAGUCCCUGUAAGGACACGGGACCCUUUGCAUGAGGAACAAGAGAUCCUUUGGUGCCUGCAGGAAUUUGUACUUCAUGUUCUCUUUCACAGACCAUCAUAUUUUCUAUUUAUUGCCUUUCUUCCUCAGACCUUGAAGACCUCAAUCCACUUGAUUGAGUUUCUAUGGUGCUACUUUUUCUUUUUUCUCCAAUCCAUGUUUUUUUUCAUGAAGAGUUUCAAGGCAACAAACCUAUAAUUAGAAAUAUCUGUAGCAUUCACCUACAUGCACUGAGAAGUCUAGACUUUUCUUUUAGAGGAUUUUUUUUUCCUCUUGCAGGACUGAAAGCAUACAAUCCAUUUGUAUUUCAGCUAUCAACAACGUCUUACUAAAAUGCAAAACUGUUAUAAAGGCAGGUUUAGGAAUCAUAUUUAGUGAUCUCAUUUUU